GUCUAUCUUCAAAUCCAUUGUCAAACAACAACAACUGCUAACUGUUGGGAAAACGGAGCUUUUUUUGUUGUUCAAAAAUGGACGAGGUGUCGGCGUUUGUGACUGCUCCUUCGUCUGCCUUCGAUGACACGCUCACGCCAACAACUGCGUCGCCGUGGAGUGAAGGCCAGCAGACUGCGCUGAAGGCGGCGACCGUGACGACGUGCUGCCUGUCGAUUGUCGGCUGCGUUCUCAUCAUUCUGAGCUUUGUGCUGCUCAAAGACCUCCGCGCCACAUCCCGCCAGCUGCUCGUCUUCCUGUCGCUUGCAGAUCUGGUGACUGCGAUGGGCAACAUGGUCGGUGUCCUGACCGACGACACGGGCACCCUCUGCGUCAUACAGUCCUCCUUCACGACCUAUUCGAGCAUUGCCAGCUUCCUCUGGACGUCCUCCAUUGCGCUCUACCUGUACCUGUCCAUUGCGCGCGAAUCGCAGCGACUCGCAGCGCGCUCAAUCCCGUUCCUGCAUGUCUUUUCGUGGCUGACUCCUGCGUGCAUCAUCAUUGCCGCGCUGGCGUGCGAGGUCCUCGGCUCGGACGACUUUUCAGCAACCACAGUUGGAUGGUGCUGGAUCAAGUCGAACGUCAAGUACGAUCUCUUCUGGAAGCUGUUUGCGGGCAAGGGCUGGGAAAUUGCGUCGUACAUUUCCGUGCCAAUCUUGUACUUUUUCGUCAAGCGCAAAAUCCGCGUCGAGCUGCACUCGGCGGAACAAAUCCAGCUCGUGUCUCGCCGCUCCGUCCAAGUGGCUCAGGAAGCCGAUCGCAAGAUGACAUUCAUCCCCAUUGUGUUCGUCUUUGUGCGCUCGUGGGGCACCACUCGCUUCCUCAUCAGCGAGAUUGGCUCGCAGGAGCAGGCCGACGUGUUUUGGCUGACCCUGUGCCAAGCCAUUGGCGAUUCGAGCCAGGGCUUUGCCAACUUUGUCCUGUUUUGCGUCCUCACUCCGAAAAUCCGCAACCGCAUGAUUGCGUUGGUUUGGCCGCAGUAUCGCGGGAGCAACGCGGACGAGUCGCAGCGCUACUCUGGCUCGGUUGCUACCACCGCCAGCGCCGCAAAGUCAGGUGCCUACCCCAAUCUAGGGCGAGGCUCCUUCAAUCAAGUUGUGCCGCGCUCGCAACACAACCAGCAGCAGCAGCAGUUGCGGCAAGGCGGCGGCGGCGGCGGCGGCGCGUCCUCCCACCACGGCAGCGUUGACAAUGGGUACUACUCGACGAGCCUGUCUUCCUCUGUCAAUCCACCCAACUACGACCCAAGUCCUGGCAGCUAUUCGAGUCUGAGCACCCGUGAUAGUAGUUACUACGGCGAUACUUAGCUUGGUUCUUCUUGAUUUGCUUGAUAAUUUGUUGGUUUUUGUUGCUCUUAGUACAUUAGUGUUG